UCCGACAUCACAACCUCCUCAUCUCCACCGCGUCAACAUGUUCAACAAGGGUGUCUUGGUGCUAGCUUUGGUGGGCGUGGCUCUGGCCGCCCCUUCGGAUCCAUACCACCAGCCUUCCUACAAGGAGGAGCCGAAGCCGUACCAGUUCGCCUACGGAGUCAAGGAUGAAUACGCCGGCACCGACUUCGGUCAGAGCGAGGAGUCCGACGGCAAAGCCGUCAAGGGAUCCUACACUGUCCAGCUUCCCGACGGCCGCAAGCAGACGGUGAACUACGUGGCUGACCACUACAACGGCUACCAGGCUGAGGUCAGCUACUACGGUGAGGCUCAGUACCCCCACGAGUACGGUCCCCCCAUCACCUUCAAGCCCCAGGCCUACCACCCCCAGCCUUCCUACAAGCCACAGCCUUCAUACCAUUAAAAAUCCAUUAUUAUGUCAAAUAACUUAAGUCAUUGUAGUUUUGAACAUAAUAUAAACGAUAUAUUAAAAAUAUAUAAAAAAA